CGGGUGGGGUGGUGCCGCGGGGAUGCCGUACUGGGGCGCGGACGAUGCCGUGGCGGAGCUGCGCCGAGCCCUGUCCAACCGCCACGCGCAGGCCGACCGGCUGCGCUACCGCAACGUGCUGCUGCGCGUGAUCCGGCGCAUGACCCAAGGCGUGGAUGUGUCCGGGGUGUUCAUGGAGAUGGUGAAGGCCAGUGCCACGGCGGACAUCGUGCAGAAGAAGCUGGUCUACUUGUACAUGUGCACGUACGCCUCUCUGCAGCCCGACCUAGCGCUGCUGGCCAUCAACACCCUGUGCAAGGACUGCUCCGACCCCAACCCCAUGGUCCGAGGCCUCGCCCUCCGCAGCAUGUGCAGCCUCAGGAUGCCUGGCAUACAGGAGUACAUCCAGCAGCCCGUUUUGAAUGGUCUGCGAGACAAAGCGUCCUAUGUGAGGAGAGUAGCUGUUCUUGGCUGUGCAAAGAUGCAGAAACUCCAGGGUGACACCGAAGUGGAUGGCGUGCUGGUGAAUGAGCUAUACAGUUUGCUUCGUGACCAGGAUCCCAUUGUAGUGGUGAAUUGUCUGAGGUCUCUAGAAGAGAUUCUGAGGCGAGAAGGAGGAGUUGUCAUCAACAAGCCCAUAGCCCAUCACCUUCUCAAAAGAAUGUCUGACUUAGACCAGUGGGGACAGAGUGAGGUGCUGGCCUUCCUGCUGCGCUACAAACCCCGCAGUGAAGAAGAACUCUUCGACAUCCUCAGCUUACUAGAUGGGUCCCUCAAGAGCAGCAGCCCCAGUGUUGUGAUGGCAGCCACCAAACUCUUUCUGGUAUUGGCCAAGGACUUCCCACAGGUACAGACAGAUGUACUAGUUAGAGUGAAGGGGCCAUUGCUGGCGGCCUGCACCUCCGAGAGCCGGGAGCUCUGCUUCACUGCCUUGUGUCAUGUACGCCAGAUCCUGAGAAGCCUGCCUGGCCACUUCAGCAGCCAUUACAAGAAGUUUUUCUGUUCCUACUCGGAGCCCCAUUACAUUAAAUGUCAGAAGAUGGAAGUGCUGUGUGAGCUAGUGAAUGAUGAGAAUGUGCAGCAGGUGCUGGAGGAGCUGAAGAGUUACUGCACUGAUGUGUCAGCCGAGCUUGCCCAGGGGGCCAUCUUUGCCAUAGGCAGCAUUGCCAGGACAUACAUAGAGCAGUGUGUGGGGAUUCUAACGGAGCUCCUAGGGCUUAAGCAAGAACAUAUCACUUCAGCUGUGGUGCAGGCUUUCCGGGACCUGGUGUGGCUUUGUCCCCCGUGCACUGAGGCUGUGUGCCAGGCUCUGCCCAGCUGUGAGGAGGCCAUGCAGGACAGCGAGGGCAAGCAAGCGCUGAUCUGGCUCUUGGGAGUGCAUGGGGAGAGAGUUCCCAAUGCACCCUAUGUUUUGGAGGACUUCGUAGAGAAUGUGAGAUCGGAGACAUUUCCAGCAGUGAAGAUGGAGUUGCUGACAGCUUUGGUCCGACUCUUCCUGUUUCGUCCUGCCGAAUGCCAGGACAUACUUGGGCGACUGCUCUAUUACUGCAUAGAGGAAGAGACUGAUAUGGUGGUACGGGACCGGGGCCUGUUCUGCUAUCGUCUCUUACAAGCUGGCGUGGAAGAAGCGAAGCAGGUGCUGUGCAGCCCCAAGUCUGAUCCCUCUCUAGGACUCCUGGAGGAUCAGGCUGAGCGACCUGUGAACAAAUGGGCUUCAGAGUUUAACACGUUGGUGCCCAUAUAUGGGAAAGCACAUUGGGCAGUUAUCACUGCUAACUGGGCAACGGAGCCGCGCUGCGGAGGCUUUCCCUGUGCUGCUCCCAUGACUGCAGGAACAGAGUCACUGAUUUCAGAAGGGAAUAAGGAAGUUCUCCAGGUUCAUUCCGACUUGGCUGGCUUGACUUUAAUCCCCAAGGCACACCUGACUGCGGAGCAGUUUGAGAAGACCUGGCUGAGUCUGGAUGUGAACUGCCGGCAGGCUCUGCCCUGGCAUGGAGCUGCUCACCCAGACACCAUACAGACUGCGCUUCAAGUUGUCCACAUCCAGACUAUUGCUAUGAGCAAAGCUGGUGCCCAGCCAUGGAAGGCCUAUCUCAGUGCCCAGAAUGAGUCUGGCUGUCUCUUCCUAACAGAACUGCUGCUUGAGACUGGGAACUCAGAGAUGCAGGUUUCAGUGAAGCAGAGUGAAGAGAGGACUGAGGCACUGCAACACUUUAUCUCAGUGUUAAGAACUGUAAUGGGGACAGUCCAGGGGCUGAAAUCCUGAUUCCUCUAAGCCCUACUUGGAGCAGGCUCACUUGGGGUGUAGGGAAGAUUUUUUCUAUGGCUCAGUGUGGUGUUACUGAAGUUAAAUUGCUCUUCUUCUAAACUGUUUGUAAGACCCUUGAACAGCCCUUGAUCUGCCUUAGAGCUGCCAUUAGUGCCAGUGGGAAUAGUGUGUGGCCCAGGGGCAGCAUAUGGUGUGAGUGUAGCUAGUUUCCUCACAUACUGCAUUAUAACAAGUGCAUGGGAAAGAUUCAAAAUCCAUCAAGGUCUCACAACUCCGAAGGCUGGGGGAUGGAUCAUCAGUCUGGUGCUUCUGAUAUGGUCACUGAAGCAGGAGCAACUCCAAUGCUAGUUACAUGAAUAAAAGACAGAUUAAAUAUUGGCGUCAGAUCUCUCUAGAGAGGACUGGGAGUGGAGUAAGCUGAUAGCCGAAGGAAUUGGGACUGUGAGUAGUACUUCUUCAGGACCAGAAACAAACAAAAGUCAAGGUGGGCAUAGCCCCGGUUUAGUUAGAAUUGUGUAACCAGUUAAAAGCGUUUUUGAGAAUUUGAGCCUGGAGUUGCUUCUCUCAUGUUAAGAGGUGCAGAGAGGGCAGAAUAACUCCUUGGUUCUGUUUCUAGAAGAAUUUUCCAGUGCUUGGUUCCCUUCUCAAGGGAUUUAAUCUGUCCGUCGGUGGAUGCAGUUCUGUGGGGAGCGUCCCUUCAGGGUUAGGAGCUCAGCUUUAAAGGGAUUUGAAGUGGGGGAGAGCACCUGUUUUCUAAAAAAUCAGGAUUUUUUUAUUUAAAAAACCCAAAUGUAUUUUCUAACUGAAAUACAUCAUUGCAGAGGAAGAAUUUACCUCUGUGAAUUCCCACCUCAGCUUUUAGGUUCUGUGGUGAUGAAACUAUAGGAACACCCAAGAUUGAGUUAUCCUAAGGCCACAGUGGGCAUGAAUUAAUACGGCACAGCCUGACUAGGUCACUAGGCUAGCUGACUCUUCACUGCUCAUGCUAAUCUUUGCACCAUUGCAGUUGACGUAGCUAACCUAUAUCUUUACAAGAGGAAUAUUUUGUUUGUUUUUUUUAAGCCAAGUUUUACCCAAACUUGUUGCUUUUUAACUAGGACUGUUAUGUAAAGCUUCUUAUGCUUAGCAACACUCAUCCCCUUUGCUCAUAAAAUCCUGCAAGUGCUCUGUCCAGCAGUGUGGUGUAUCACGUUCCUGGUUUUAUUGCUGCAGCUUUAGUAUUCUUUACAUCCCCCUGCUUUUGGUCAGUUAUUAAUUCCCUACUAGAUCCAUGUGGGGCAGCUUGUCACAGGUAUUUCUCACAGCCAUGCAUAGUCUUGUGUUUCAGUAUUUUUUCUUUUUCCCUCCACUUUUCUGGUUUUCCUUGUUUACUAUUCCCAUGUUUCUACCCAGGUGCGGCAUAUUCUGCUUACUCUUUAUUUCUUUAAAUGUUUAUCUCCGUGCAUUUGUUAUAGUUGUCCUUGGCUACCUCAUGGUCAGGCUUUUUUUCUUAAUCCUUUGCUUGUUUUUUGCUGUUUGUCUGAUCUAUUUGAGUAAAGCACCAAGUUACAGUGAUGCCCUAA